AUGGCACCAAAAUUACAGAAGCGGUGCUCUGAGGCGGCGGCGGCGGUAGCGGCGGUGGAGGGGUCGAGGGCAGACUCUGACCUCACACCGAAGCCAAAGAAGGGGCGCCUUGACCUCACCGGCCUGGUGGCUCCCAAGCAGGCGGAACACACAAUGGAAGAGGUUGAGAAGGCGUUCAGUGAAGCUGUCAAAAAGCACCCGUUCCACGACAAUGCCGACCAUACCAUUGACUUUCAUACUGCCAGUGUCUUCAGGGAUGCCAAGGGAAAAAUUUGCGGUGUGCUUCUGCCGGGGGCACUGCCGUCAUUUGCCGCUGCCAUGGCAGCUGACGUUCUGCGCCCAGCAGCAACGAAGACGUCCCUGCGGUCAAACAUGUUUGGGGGGCAGGCACCCCUCAGUGGCAUUGCAGGGUACUUUGACUAUCGUGGCUCCCCUGUGGAGCUGAAGUGCCGCAAGACUUCCUUUACACAUGAGCACGUACAGCUGUGGCCUGGCGUCUUUCCUAUGAUUGAGUACGUUAGUGCCAUCUACAAGGCUGUCUUGCCGGAGCACUGGGCCGCACAGGAUGCCGCGGUACCUGACGUUGUUCGCAUUCAUGGGUCACCCUUUUCCACUCUUACCAUUAACCAGCGGUUUCGAACUGCCUCGCACACCGAUGCCGGUGAUUUUGACAUGGGCUACGGUGUGCUGGCCGUACUGGAGGGCAAUUUUAAGGGCCUUUCCCUCGCACUUGACGACUUUGGUGUGUGCUUCCGCAUGCAGCCACGGGAUGUCCUACUCUUCAAUACACAUUUUUUCCAUUCCAAUACAGAGCCUGAGGUCAAUCACCCCAAGGAUGAUUGGGAUCGGCUGACAUGUGUGUUCUACUACAGGGCGGCACUGGGGGAAGCAUCCUGCGUCACAGAGUACAAGCGACGACUCGUGCGCGCGAGAGAGAUUGGUGCCGUGCCUCCACCCGUAGUAGAUGCUAUUGUUCAGAAAGACAAUGGUGACAACUUCAAUAAACCCGCGCCAACUUUCCCGCCGCAGCUUACACCCUUUGGGGGUGCAGCAGGUGUGCUAUCCUUGCAUAGCUGUGUCACAAAACUACAGCGGCUCCAUGAAUUGCUACUCGAGAAACCAGAAUUUGGAGUGGUUUUGUUUGGUGAACCUCUCCGGACGGAUGAUGGUCUACUCCCACGUGGAAAGGAGCAACUUAUCCCUGUUCACUUGCCAGUUGUCGUGAAAGCGCCGCCUUCCGGUGGAUUUACAGAGGCGAGCGACGUCCUUAAGGCUGCUGAAGAACGGCAGUAUUUCUUUGAGGAAGAGAACUUGGCGAACGAGCUCGGGCCGGAACUUGUGGGUAUGUGGAGUAAGAGCCGUGCUCUUUGGCUGCAGCUUGUGAAGGAAGACUGGGAACGGCUGCUGCGGAACAACCCAGAGCGCACAAGGUUCAACUGGAACAACACUUCCGCGAUGAAUGCAGCCUUCUUUGAUCUAUGUGAGGUGGCCAAACAAAUGAUGCUAGGGAUCCUGGACAACGAGAACCCGUCUAAAGCUGAAGAGCAAUCCUUCUGGAUGCUGUUCGCGGCGCAUCUGAAUACUGCUUGCGCCACUGAGAUCGGCAUGCCACGCGAUGCCAUGGGCAUGCGUAAACUAAACGUCAAGUUAAAAGACUUCCACUUUGGGGGGACACGGUAUUUGAAGGACAUGCCACCGGAAGAACAGCAGCGACGUUUGGAGAGAAAACGGCAGAUCGAGGAGGCCCGCCGUCGGGGUUGUGUGUCUCGUGUGGCGCACACAAGCGGGUGGCUGCAGAAUGACGCGUUCGACUACCAGCACGAAGAUCGCGAAGUUGACUUUGAGAAAAACGGUUGGGUGCGGCCGGAAGAAAAUGCGCAGCGCCUGAGUCUCGCGCCGUGUGCAAACGGAGUGACGGCAGCAGCCGACCCAACGGAGCGUAUCCACCUUCUUGUUGUCUUGCCGCGUCGCGCAGCAUCAGGACAGGGGGCGAACAGAAACGUCCCCACUACGAUGUCGGACGAAGCGGCGCGACUGUUGAAGAACCCUGCGGCGCAGCGUCUGUUGGCAGGCCCCUGCCGCAAUGGCGCCGUCACAUCGCCUCUCUCAUUCGGUUGUGUGACAAUCACAUUUGUGUUCGAUGGUGACGAUGUCAGUGAUGUGGAUGCCGACUUUGUCAUUCUCCAGCACGUACUUGCCGCCAUGGAAUCUGACGAGGAGGCAGAAGCUCGCAUUAGUUUCUGGGCUUCGCUCGCGAAGCACUGUGUGUUCAUCAUAGAGGCCGACACUAUGGAUCGGCAUCACUAUCUCCUGCGCGAGGAGGUACGUGUCGCGUACGAAGACGUCGCAGCGGCGUGUUUUACCACACUGCACGCUGCGGCGUACUGCACGGACUCUGUGCAUGUUAGAAGGACUCCAUCCCUACUCGCCCUUACCAAAAGCAAAGGUGUUGAGUUCCGUUAUAAAUUUAUUGGAUCCCCCCUAAAUACCGUGGCCCUUCUUGUGCGCGGUAGCAGUUAA